UCUAUCUUCACCGUACAUAUUAUUGAGUCUUAUCUUGCAUUUCUAUUCACCAUGACCACCAAGCCAAGCGAGCCGAGGGACUUUAUAAGCGACCUCGAAGACUUGGAAGAUCUCCUCUGUCAUCACAUCACCAAAUCGGAACAAUCUCCAGAAUUAUUCACAGAGCAGAUGGUGGAUAUCCUCAAGAACGUCCUAAGCAACGAUCGAACUACUCACUGGAGUACCAAGUCAUUCAUGCGCGAUCUUCGAGAAGAAUACAAUCUUCGUAAACUCACGGACAAGCAGCCCAACCUUGACCGAGGCAGUCACGAAAGCUGGCCUCGCAUCAACCGCACCGCCAUCGAGCCCCUAAGCAACAUGCCCUUGACCCACGAUCGAGGCACCGACCCCUGGUCUUUCGCCGUCCGCCUCGCCGACCAGCUUUACAAUGUCCUUCGCCUCCAGGCAAAAAUGCCUUACAAGCCUUUUAUGGAAGUGCUUACCGAAAACGGUUUCAACCGCGCAGUGGAUGAUGAUUCCGCCAUGUACGGCAGUGCAGCUGACGGCAACGACGACAGCGACCAGAUCCAAGAUCGCCAGGGUUAUGAGGUGAGCCUCCACGCGAGACUAUCUUUUCUAGAAGACCGCGUCAAAAUCCUUGAAAAGAGAGAGGAACUCUUGGAAGGUCAGCUUGAUCGUGCUACUCAGGCCAUGGCAGCUUUGCGUUCUACAAACUUGGAACUUGCCAAGAAGGUCUCUGAAGUUCAGCAACGAAACCAUGAAUUAACUAGAUCUUAUGUCCUGUAG